AUGUUGAGCAGAAGGCUCUGGUGCCCUUUGCAGGGAGGAGGCCUGCAACGCAGACCACUGUCGUCCCUGCGCGGUAGAGGUUCUCGUCUCGGCCCCCGUAAGAAUGCGGGUUGGUCGAGACAGGUUCCGCAGCCGCGAAAAGCAGAUGAAAAGGCAUCGAUCGGGAUACCGACGCAAGAGAGCAUUGACACGAUGGCAAGCAAUUAUGAUCCAGCGCAGAAUACGUUGCUGUCUCCGGUGCAUCUACCCGAAGAUCCAAAUGGGGUAUUGAAAGAGAACCACCCGGCGACAAACAUCUUGGCCAACUCGGGGCUGGUCGUGCAGCGACAGCUGGAGAUGUUAAAUUUCAUGAUUGGAUUCGAACAAGCGAACAAAUACGUCAUCAUGGAUGCCGGAGGAGCACAUGUCGGAUACAUGGCGGAGCAAGAAAAAGGCAUGGCAAACACAAUGGCACGGCAGUGGUUCCGUACGCAUCGGAGCUUUGUCACUCAUGUCUUUGACAGGCAAAUGAAUGAGGUUCUCCGAUUCCAUCGCCCAUUCUCCUGGAUCAAUUCUCGCAUCAAAGUCUACGAUCCUCUAGGUCAAGGGUCCAGCUUCUCCAAUUCUUCCGCUUCAUCCUCUACAGCCUCUCCUGUGGCCAUCCAACCCAUCUUCCCGCCACCAAGUGACGCUCGCGUGUCUCCGCUAGACUUUGCCCAGAUGCGAGUGAUCGGUGAGGCCCAGCAGCAGUGGGCGCCUCUGCGACGGAAAUACAAUCUAUUCACUUUUCAUCCAUCCCCCAACGUUGACACAGAUAUGGGUACCUACAAAUUCCCCCUGGCGGAAUCAGGACUAUCGCAACAGCAGCAGUUGCAGGUUGCUCAGGGUUCACCCGACGGCCAAGGCGAGUUUAAUCAAUUUGCCUAUGUGAAUGAACCGUUUCUUUCGUGGGACUUUUCACUUUUAAGCGCCGAGAAUCGAAUGAUUGGAUCUGUGAACCGAAAUUUUGCCGGAUUCGCUCGAGAAAUCUUCACAGAUACCGGAAUGUAUGCUCUACGCAUGGAUGCCGCGGGACAAGGCAGUGAGACCUCGGCGGGACAGGCUCAUCAUACUCCUGGGAUGACGCUUGAUCAGCGAGCAGUGAUGCUCGCGACUGCGGUCAGCAUUGACUUUGACUACUUUAGUCGGCAUAGUGGGUCGGGUGGGUUUGGCUUCAUGCCUCUCUGGUUCCCUGGAUUUGGAGGAGAGGCGGCGGCUGGGGGCGCAGCCGCCGGGGAAGCGGCAGGCGCAGCCGGUGGUGCCGCAGCUGGUGGUGCCGCGGCAGGCGAGGCAGGUGCACUUGGCGAGGUUGCCUCUGGUGCACUGGGUCGAGGGGCGGGUGUUGCUGGUGAUGUCGCAGCUGGCGUUGCAGGUGCUGGCGCCAUGGCUGGAUACGACGCGAUGCAUCGGGGCAUGUCUGGAGGGCAAGCUCCCGAGUCGCCCGCAUCCUCUGCCCCUGGUCAGGCUAAUGUGCCACCAUCCGACCAGCAAAUGUCAGAACAACCCAGCCGGCCUGAAGACAUCUGGGCAGAAGAAUCUCCUCAACAUCCCUGGGGUGAAGAUGAAUUCCAGGAUCCCUGGGGAAAUGACGGAUCGGACGAAGGUGGUGGGGACGACUUUGACUGGUUCUAA